CCGCAAGCAAACGCUUCCCUCUUUGAAAAUUUCCAAGACUUUUUAACUGCUACAACCGGUACUCGAGUACGGUACUUGUACUUGUACCUCUCGGGUAUCAUAAUAACCAGCGUUUACCACAUUUCCAGUUGUACUGCUAUACAGCAAACUUCUAAUACUUUGCGAUCGGCACCGGUAUUGGACGCGCGUACAGUAAAAUGGCCCCGGGGCCGGAACAAACUUCCCCACCUUCAGCUCCAAUCUCCUCUGACAGAAGCCCCGAGGAAAUGGCGAAGGCGGCCGUUGAAAUUCAACGGCAUUACAGAGGCCAUCGCGAAAGACGCCACCUAAAGGGCCAUGGAUUGACACCAAUGCAACGCUGGAAUGAUGCUUUGGAAGAAGCUGAGUACCGACAAGUUGCUCGACCUGUUUCCCUGGAGAGGAGGGUUGAAUUGAACAAACAACGAGAGGAGGGAGGAGGGGGUAGUGCGGCACUGGAGCAUGGGAGAAAGCCGUUUUGUUUGCUAAACGGGCACAACAUGACGACCCCGACGAUACCGUUUCUGAGAGCAGUAACGACUGCGAUAGCAUUAAUAGCAGAGACUCUGAAGGUACAAAAAAAAGGAAGGCGGAAGAAAGGAAAGAGAAAAAGAGGCAGAAACGUUUGGAGAGGAUUGAAUAUUCUAAAGCUAUGGACAUGCAAUAUUUUCUGGAAAUGGUUGAUCCACCGUUAUGGCUCAAACUUGAGAGCAUACCACUCUUACUGGCAACAGCAAGAUACAAAAGAGAAUUUCUUCUACUGGCUUGACCGUGGCGAGGGCAGGGAAGUCGACCUUAGUGUCUGCCCCCGUGAACAGCUAGAGAAGGAGUGCGUAAGAUAUUUAUCGAGGGAAGAACGGCAAGCAUAUCUGGUCAAAAUCGACAACGAGGGGAGACUAUGUUGGGCCAAAACUGGGAAACGCAUAGAUACCAGUACCAAAUACAAAGACACACCCCACGGAAUUGUACCUAUAGAUAGUCCAGAAGCCGCUGAGGAGGCCACAGAUGGUCAAAGAUAUCGCCCGGGUUCAAGCAGCAGUAUCUCUAGUUCGUCUUCAUCUUCGUCAUCGUCGUCCUCCUCCUCCGGCUCCGACCAGAGCACAGUUGCAGACAGAUAUAUAGAUCCCAAUAUGGUUGCACAUCAUGGGCCUAAAAAGAUUUUCCACGUUUCUGCGUCAACAGUGCUCAACCGUUUGCUCCGUAAGACGACUAAGAAGAAUACGUGGAUUUUUGUGGCAGAUACUUCGUUCAGGCUCUACGUAGGAAUCAAGCAAACAGGAACAUUCCAGCAUAGUAGCUUCCUGCACGGUGGGAGGAUCAGUGCCGCGGGGCUGAUCAAGAUCCGGGAUGGCCAGUUGAGAGGCCUCUCACCGCUAUCCGGUCACUACCGUCCUCCAGCUGCUAACUUCCGCAGAUUUGUCCAUACACUAAAAGAAGAAGGCGCCGAUACUUCCCGCAUGAGCACAUCUAAAUCAUACGCCGUUCUCCUUGGCCUAGAAACCUACGCAAGCCUAACCAAGGGUAAGAAGAAGGGCAAGUCCGCGGCGCGGAAGACCGUCGGGAAAGGGGAGAAGACCGGGACCCAUGCCAUCGCAACCGGCGUGGAUAUAAGUAAGGGCGCGGUGAAGGGUGAGGAGGCCAAGCUCAAGGAGGUGGAGGGGGAAGAGAGGGGGGGGAAGGGGAAGGAAGGGAAGGGGAAGGAAGGGAAGGAGAAGGGGAGGGAAGGGAAGGGCGUGAAAGUCGAGAAAGAAGGAGGGUGGUGGAAGUUUGUGAGGAGACUCCGACUACCUGGCAAACAUUCCCGCACAAAAUCUCUGACACGGAGCGCAACCUGAUGUGAUACGAGGAAAUGGGGGGGCGUCUCAGCCCUGUUUCCCCUGGUUUCAUUUUUCAUCUUUCAUUCCCUCAGAUAAUGAGAAUCUAAUUGACGA